UCUAUGUAUCUAUCUAUGUAUGUAUCUAUCUAUCUAUGUAUGUAUCUAUCUAUGUAUGUAUCUAUCACAUAUUUAUCAUGUUUUUAUUUGUGCAGACCUGAUGCUUGAGAUGAGUAGGAUACAACAGCUUUAUCCCCUUAGGUGGAUCAUGUGGCUGCUUUCUCUGCAUAAAAAAGGAAAAAGCCAACACACCCUUUGGUACCAGCAUAAUGAAUGGGGAGUGGUGCUAGAGGGUGUGGCUACAGCAGUUUGCCUGUCUCUGAUUUGCUGACAUAUGCUCUAAUUGGAUCAAGUAGGAACUUGCUUAGGUUGAUGCUUUGUACAGGGAUUGGGAGCAGCCUGCAUUGCACACUACCAGACAGGAAGAGAGGCAGUGAGGGAGGAGGCCAGAGUCUGCACAGCUCACCACUUGAAAAUAAAGGAUUGAGAGAGGAGGGGUGAGAGAAGAAAAGGGGAGUAUCCAGUUCUGCCCUUCUGUGCUGCUGCAGCCCCCCUCCCACUCUGUAUAAUUUCCUUUUUUCCUCUUUCCCCUUACUCAUCUGUUUCAGUGGCUGCACUGAGAGGAAGGACACCUGCCGCUCCCUGAUGAUUCAGCUUUUCAGCUGUUUGGAGCUCCCAAGACUAGACAGCAUGUCCCUCCUGCCACUGCAGUGCUUGGCUGGCCUGUCCUCUGCACUACAUUUGCCUCAGCUACAGCUGUCCCAUCACGUCGAUACUACCUUUUCUUCCCAAGUAUUCAGGAAAUUUGACAGUUGUUUUCCUUGUGAAAAAAAAGCAUGAAUAAGGAAUUCCUUUUUCUAAUGCAUAGACUGUCUACGUACCCCCUGGAUUGUUAGCAAGGUUCCACUAUUUGAAGGGCAUCACCUUUCUCUGAAACCCAGCUCUCACUCUGUGUCUACACAAUGGAAAAGAUACUAAAAGACAUUGGUGGAAAAGUGUCAUUGUGUGAUGAUCUGAGUUAAUAGCUAAGGUGGUAAGAAACACUUCUUCAAGCAGUGUGAAAGGAUGACCGAGGGAAUGGAGGAAGUCUCUGCAGGGCCAGCUCCCCCUUUUGGAUCAGUCUCCCCCACUGGCUCUACUGUUGAUACUAGGCAAGUCCCAGAAGAGAAACCAGAGGAGACAGAGGCAGCUGGUGAGAGUGGGGAGGAGGCUAUAGAGGGAACUGCAGAAGGAGGUGGUGCUGGUGACGAUGGGGAGCAUGUGGGGGCUUUCGGAAUUGUGACCUUGCCAGAGGCCUGCUGUGUGUGCAUAGAGAUGGAACAGAUUAACAAUUGCCUGCACUCUGAGAAAAUCUGCAUCCUGCCCAUACUGGCCUGUCUGCUUAGCUUAGCCCUCUGCACAGCUGGCCUCAAAUGGGUCUUUGUGGAUAAGAUAUUUGAGUAUGAACCACCAUCACAUUUAGAUCCCAAGCCUAUUGGACAAGACCCAAUUAUUAUACCAGUUGAACCCACGCUGGGAAUAACAGUCUCGUUUCCUCAUACAACUCCUUCAAAUAACUCCCUAACCACCACCUUCACCCUUACCCCAGAGCAUCCUGAAGUUUCAGUAAAAGAUAAAUCUACACAACAGCCGCAUGUGUCUCAGUCUUCACGAGUGAUUGAGCCUGCUGUCACACUGAAAUAUAAUGCUGAACACUAUACCACCCCAAAGCAGACUCCUCAACCAAAGUCAACACAGAAAUCACACAGCCAUCAUCAAACUAUCUCUACCAUCAGCACUUCCACUACAGCAAAGACCUCAAGUCACGUAACCCGCUGCAGUGACAGUCAGAGGAACUACUGUGUUAAUGGAGGAGAGUGCUUUACCCUUGAAAUCAUCCCGGGCAGUACAAAGUUUCUCUGCAGGUGCUUGGCUGGAUUCACUGGGCACCGAUGUGAACAAGCAGUUCUUAAGAAUGUCUCAGACCCAAAACCUGAGGAGCUGUAUCAGAAACGUAUUUUAACAAUAACCGGAAUCUGCAUUGCGCUCCUAGUCGUUGGAAUCAUGUGUGUGGUUGCCUACUGCAAAACCAAGAAGCAGAGAAAGAAACUACGGGACCGUUUAAGGCAAAGUCUAAGGAAUAAGAGGAAGAAUACCAGUACUGGUAUUGACUCCAAUGUGGCAAAAUCUACCACUGGACGCCCAAAUUCUAACUUGCCUCUUCAAGAUUUGCAGCUUAUUGGUCAACAUAAUGGAAGAACAAUGAAGCAUACAGCUGAAAAGGAGACAGAGACAAACUUUUCCACAAGCAAAUAUACCUUAUCUGUGCAUGAUCCUACCACACUCACCAACAUCUCCAGUCAAAGGUUUGUACCAGUGAUGACAACCCUGAUCCAGCUGACUUCAGAGUCGCAGAACUCUCUCGCAACCCCAGGCUCUCCUCCAUCCGAGAUUUCAGCCCCCAUAUCCAGCCUAGCUAUCUCUGUUCCCUCUGUGACUUUAAGUCCCUCUGGUGAGGAGGAGCGCCCUUUGCUGCAUCAGCUGCACAAGUCCUCAAGCCGGGAUGUACAAAAGAGAACCUCUUCACACUACAAUCAUGGCCAUGUGGCAGAUAGCUUACCAUCUAGUCCACUGUUCACUAUGGAGAAUGCUGACUACCAAACCAUACAGGACACCAGAGCUGCCAGUUGUAUGUUUUCAACAGCACCUGUGAAAUUAAUUAACACAAACAACAAUGUAAGUGACUGCAGCAACAAAAGUGUCACUGACCAUGUGGUUGAUUAUUUGAGGUUAAAUGGUGACAGCAUACUAGUAAGUGAUACAGAGGAGCCUCGGGGGGAACACAUACCCUUCCUAAGUGCAGAUAGGAAUACAGCCCUUUUACUCAGGGCUAUAGACAGCAGCAGGACUAACCCAGCAUCACCAAAUGAUGACCUACCAGUGAAGUCAUCUAGCCUCAUCAACCAACAAGAUUCAAUUGCUGCGUAAAGUAAAAAAAAAGAAAAAAAAAGAGAAAUUGCUAAGAUUACUUCACAUGGGGGAAGAAUAUAAACAGCCAUUAUUAAACCUUUAUUUUCGAUAAAUUCUCAUAAUUUAUUUGCUGUGUAAAGACUUUUAAAGACAAAUGAAGAAUGAAACUUUUAUUUUAGAGAUGUAGCAAAUAAAGUUUUAUAAAAAAAAAACAGUACAAAUGUGGUCAUGUCUUAUAGGUAAAGUGCCAUACGCUAGUAUGCAGCAGUUCAUAGUAUAGUUAAAAGAAUAUUUCAGUGCAGACAAAUAUCAAUGGUGCCUUUCUGUUUAGUAUACUUAAGGGGCCGUAAUAUUGCAUACUGGGCCAUGUAUCACCAUCCUAUUCUUCAGGUUAUUAAUCAGAUGUUCUGUGUUGUCUGCCUUUAACAUCUUGCACUUUAAGGCACCCACUGACAUAUUUGAAAUCAAAUGUUAUGGGUUCAAAGUGCAUGCUAUGUUCUUAAAUGCUGUGAUGAAAAAAUGAGCAGACAGUUGACUUGAAUUGAUGGUUUUCUUACCUGAUGUCCUACUUUUAUCACAGUCUUAUGGUAUAUAUUAUUAGUCAGCUCAUAACCUGGAUUUCAUCAAAAUGUUAGAGAUCUUAAUAAUUUUAUUCAUCACUGGACUACACUGUGGAUGACCUGCCAGAGAAUGAAUAUUGUAGCUGUGAGAUAAAUAUACAUUCAUUAAAGUUUGCUUCAUCAAGGUGCAUAAGAUACACCUAAAGAGGUUUUUUUUCAUUUAUAUUAAGUUAGAUAUUUACAUUUUACCAUUUCUAUGUUGAAGAAGUACUUCACUGAAUUGUAUGGCACUCUUAUAACAUUUAAACAAUGUUCAUGCUUAAAGAGUAGCAGCCUAAUAAUCCUAACGUUUCUGGUAUGGGUCAAGCUGGAUGCUGGUUUUCACAUGCCCCAUAAUCCUCCUUAGAAGUUGUAUUUCUUCCUAUGCUGACAGAUGUUUUGCCUAAGUAUAAACUGUCUCUGUUAAGGUGGUACAUGUCAACGACUACUAGCGUGAAGACCAGCAAUUCUUUAAAAUAGUAUCUUUAAAUGAACAAUAUCUACAAAGUUUAUACUAAAUUAACUACAAGAUCUAUGUCUCAUGUUUUCUUGUGUGAGUCUAACCAGUGCUUAGUAUUGGACUGUGGAUCUUAGAGAAGUGCUGAAUGUAUAAAUGGUGGUCAUUUCCUUUAAUUUAAACCAUAUUUCUGAAAAAAAUUUGAAAUUAAAAUCUCCCCCUCAAAUUAAUUUGUUACAACUUCAAUCGACUUAAUGUUCUUAUGUUUUCAGCUAGAACAGUUUUUGCAGUCUCAAUGUUAUUUAAAAAAACAAACAAAAAAAAUUCCAAACUUUUCUAACAACAGUAUAUUAAAUGGAAAUCUGCAAAAGACUUCUAGACUUGUCAUAAAAACAUUUUUGAAAGAUUAAUUUAAAUUAACUAUUGGGCUCCGUAAUCAGUGUAUGUAGAAUCAGCAGUGAGUUUAGCGUAUAAAGUAUCAUGACACAGUUGUGUUUCCCAUCGGUGGUUAAAUAGUGGCAAUUCUGUUUAUUUUAUAUACAAAGAUUAUUUAUGAGACAUUCAAAUUUGUUUAUUUAUUAAUUUAAUUAUUUAACAUUAAUUAGUUAAUAUUAUAAUAUGACCCCCCUCCCAAGAACAAAAAAGACCCAAACAAACAAAAAAAAUGAACAUUCUCACAAGGAAAGUGGACCUGGUAAAUAAUUUCCCCUGACCAUAUCAGAUCCCCUUGCUGUAGGAGUCAAGUUGAGUUCAGGGUUUUCCUUUAAAUUUAAAUGACCUGUCCUGAUAUAAAUUUAACAGAUUUGAUAUAAACAAUGCAAGAUAUACAGUCAUUUCAUCUGCACACAUUAAUACAAAAGAAAAAAAAAUCUUGCACAUUUUGUCACUUGUAUGCUUAGCAUAACACAAAGAAUAUUGUUUUGAAAUGGGAGUGUCUUUAAUUUAUGUAAAUAUAUCAGGAAAAUCUCCUGCAUUGUUGUUUCUCACUGAAUAUCACAUUAUGUGUUUUUGUGUGUUAGUGUCAAAGCAUUUUGGGUUGAAAAAAAACUUUCGGUUUUUCUGUCUCACUUUUGAUUGAUACAAUGAAAGUCUUGUGCAGCUGUAAUAAUAAAUAAAACACACAUUUCACAUUUGAGCAUACAUGUGAACAUGAUUUAUAUGUCAAAUUCUAUGGCUUUUUAUCCGUUUGUUUUUUCAGUACGGACUGAUCUUUUUAAAGAACUGAAGAUGAUUUCUCAGUUAUAAGCAAUUUGUAAUUAGACCUUCUGGACCGCUCAUGGCAGAACAAAGUCCCAACAAUGAUAGGAAUUAGGACAAGACCCCCGGUGUCUAGAUGCUGGCAGUGGUGGAAUUGAGGAUGAAGGCUUGAAUGUGGAUUGUGAAUGGAAGGAAAUGUGAAGGAGUCGGGUUGCACAUAUGAGAGUCUGAAAGACAGAAUGACAAAACAGCAGUGAGAUUUAAAGCACACAUCAGAGAGGCUGAUUGUCUUGCAGCAGGCAGGCAAGAAAAUUAUCCAGCUUAGAAUGAUGAUGUCAGUAUUAUCAGAGUUGUUUGACACUGUGGGAAAGUGGAUGUGAUGUAAAGAAUGGACUUGCAAUUAAAAACCCAGGAAAGCAGGCAGAUUAGUGAUUAAUUUCUUAUAGUAAUCCUAUCAGUAAUUAUAGUGUUUUGAUUACACAACUUCAAAUUAAGUCCUGGCUGCAUAUUACACUGAAAAUAAAUAAUAACACAAAUUUGUACUCCCUUUACAUACAUGUUAAUCUAUGUGCUGAGCAAUGCCAUUUUGUUUUCAUUCUGUAUUUUACUUGUAUCUUAGAUACCCAUUAAAUAUGUAAAUUUUUUUCAUGUAAUGUCUUCUUUCAUGUACUCAAAUAAAAGUAA